AUGACCAUCAACCCCCUGGGCAUCCGCGUCUCCAUUGACCGCGGCGGCACCUUUACAGAUGUCCACGCGUCUAUCCCUGGACGGGACGACAUAGUCCUCAAACUUCUCUCCGUCGAUCCAGCAAAUUAUCAAGAUGCGCCGACAGAAGGCAUCAGGCGGAUCCUGGAGCUGGCGACAGGCCAAGUCCUGCCAAGAGGCGAGCCUCUGGACCUCUUCCACUUUGAGUCCAUCCGAAUGGGCACCACAGUCGCUACCAAUGCAUUGCUCGAACGCAAAGGAGAGCGCGUCGCACUCAUCACCACCAAGGGCUUCCGCGAUCUCCUGGCUAUCGGGAACCAGUCCCGCCCGGAUAUUUUUGACUUGUCAAUAUCACGGCCAGAUGUGCUGUUUGAGACCGUCGUCGAGGUUGAUGAGCGCGUUACGAUGGAAGAUUACACCGAAGAUCCAGAAUCUUCCAAAACAAAGGUUGACGGUACGGACCCAGAGUUGGUUUCCGCAAUCACGGGAGAGACCGUUCGCGUUCUCCAAAGGCCAGAUCUAGCAGUUGUAGAAUCCCAAUUGUUACGGCUCAAGUCUCAGGGGCUUCGCUCAGUUGCUAUCGCCUUCAUCCACUCUUACGCAUAUCCGGACCAUGAACUACAAGUCGGUCGCAUCGCCCUCGAGAUGGGCUUCUCAGUGACCCUGUCAGCAGAGGUGCAGUCUAUGAUCAAGAUUGUGCCCCGCGGUACCUCGGCGGUCGUUGAUGCCUACCUGACACCCAUCAUUCGCCAAUACAUUGAUUCCAUUUCCGCCAACUUUCGUGGCGGCUUUUCGUCCGCCGCAACGCGCAUCGAGUUCAUGCAGUCCGACGGUGGCCUCUCAGACUAUCGAAAAUUCAGCGGCCUCAAGGCCAUCCUGUCCGGGCCCGCCGGCGGCGUGGUUGGCUACGCGCAAACAUCCUGGGAUGAGGAAGAGAGAUGCCCUAUCAUCGGCUUCGACAUGGGCGGCACCUCCACGGACGUUUCCCGCUAUGCUGGAUCCUACGAUCACGUUUUUGAAACCACGACCGCCGGUGUGAACAUCCAGUCGCCGCAGCUCGACAUUCACACUGUCGCGGCAGGCGGCGGUUCUAUCCUUGCGUGGAGGAACGGGCUGUUCAACGUCGGACCCGAAUCUGCCUCGGCGCACCCUGGCCCGGCAUGCUACCGAAAAGGCGGCCCGUUGACCAUUACGGACGCAAACCUCUUUCUUGGCAGACUGCUGCCAGAGUACUUCCCAAAAGUAUUUGGUCCCAAGGAGAAUGAGCCAUUAAAUCGCGAGAUUGUGGUUGCCAAGUUUUCAGAACUUACAAACAGUAUCAACAAGGAGAGAACCAGUACCGGACUUGCCCCGUUAUCACCCGAGGAAGUGGCUUUGGGAUUUCUGAAAGUCGCCAAUGAAGGCAUGGCUGGUCCGAUUCGUGCCCUCACAGAGGCCCGUGGCUAUGACGCCGCCGAUCACCACCUCGCCUGUUUUGGUGGUGCCGGCGGGCAGCACGCUUGCGCUGUAGCCGAGGUUCUUGGAAUCUCGCGCAUCAUCAUGCACAAGUACUCCUCGAUUCUAUCAGCAUAUGGCAUCUCACUGGCAGACGUUGUGCAGGAGGUCCAGCGCCCAGCGGCUUACACAUGGGGACCAGACACGCAGAAGACCAUCCAACUAGAGCUCCAGCUGCUUGCCGACCAGGCCACGCAUGAGCUCAUGAAGCAAGGUUUCUCAGAGAGCCAAAUCGCGUUCGAUUCCUACUUGAGUAUGCGAUACGCAGGUUCUAGCAGCUCCCUGAUGAUCCUGAAAGGCGCCGACUGGGAUUUCCAGCGCGAAUUUGAACAAGAACACAUUCGCGGAUUCGGCUUCCACUUUCCUGAAAAGGACAUCAUUAUCGAUGACAUUAGGAUAAGAGCGACUGGAAAGAGUCAGUCCAAGAGCAUCAAAACGCCUUACAGCCAACUCAAAAAUACAAGUGUCAAUGAUGGCCCUCCGGCAAAGCCGUCUGGGAACAACACCGUUUAUUUUGAGGGCGCUGGCCAUGUCGAUACACCAGUAUACGAACUUCACAACCUGUCUAUGGGAAGUCGCAUCGUUGGCCCGGCCAUGGUCAUUGACAAAACGCAGACCAUCUUGGUCAGUCCGGGUGCAACGGCCACCAUGCUGGAGAAUUACGUCAUUAUCGACAGAGAAGUUGCACCGACAGUCAGGAAAGCGGAGGAGGAAGAAUUCAGCCCCAUUCAACUUUCCGUGUUUGCUCAUCGCUUCAUGGCUAUUGCCGAGCAGAUGGGCCGCACACUGAGGAAGACAUCGGUUUCUACAAACAUCAAGGAACGCCUCGACUUCUCAUGUGCCAUCUUCAGCCCUGAUGGUGGAUUGGUUGCCAACGCGCCUCACGUGCCAGUCCACUUGGGCUCGAUGCAGUUUGCUGUCCAGUACCAGCACCGCCUGUGGGAAGGCAAGCUGCAACAAGGAGAUGUGCUCAUGUCAAACCACCCCUCAUGCGGUGGCACACAUCUUCCCGAUAUCACCGUCAUUACACCCGUUUUUGAAAAGGGCGCCUUGGCGUUCUAUGUCGCCUCGCGUGGCCAUCACGCGGACAUUGGAGGCAUUCUCCCCGGCUCCAUGCCUCCCACGUCAUCUGCCCUGUGGCAAGAAGGUGCAGCGAUUGAAUCAACCAAGCUAGUGAGCGGCGGUAGAUUCAACGAUGAAGAAGUCCGACGCCUACUUCUGGAAGAGCCGGCCAAGUAUGAUGGAUGCUCCGGUACCCGCCGUUUGCUGGACAACAUUUCCGACUUGAAGGCGCAGAUUGCUGCCAACUCCAAGGGCAUCAACCUAAUAGCCGCGCUCAUUGAGGAAUUCGGCCUGCCGUGUGUCCAUCGCUACAUGUAUGCUAUCCAAAACACGGCCGAAGAAGCCGUACGUGGACUCAUGCUGUCAACACUCGCAAAGCGUGGCCCUGAGCCUUUCGUUGCUGUCGACUACAUGGACGAUGGAACUCCCAUCAAACUCACAGUGACAAUUGCCCAGGAUGGUUCUGCCACGUUUGACUUCACAGGGACGGGAAGCCAUGUGCUGGGAAACACCAAUGCGCCGCUCGCCAUCACGCACUCGGCCAUCAUUUACUGCCUGCGAAGUCUCGUCUCUUCGUCCAUCCCCCUCAACCAAGGUUGUCUGACCCCCAUCAACAUCAUCGUGCCGCAAGACACCAUCCUGAAGCCCGGGCCCGGUCUCGCCGUUGUAGGCGGCAACGUGCUGACCUCCCAGCGCGUCACCGACGUCGUCCUCAAAGCGUUCCGAGCAUGCGCCGCAAGCCAGGGCUGCUGCAACAACCUCACCUUUGGCACUGGCGGCAAGGACCCCGUCACGGGCGCGCACAAGGAAGGCUUCGGCUACUACGAGACCAUCGCCGGCGGCGCGGGCGCGGGCCCGACGUGGGCCGGCCAGAGCGGCGUCCACACGCACAUGACCAACACGCGCAUCACCGACCCGGAGGUCUUCGAGAAGCGCUACCCGUGCGUCCUGCGCCGCUUCGAGCUGCGGGCCGGCUCCGGCGGCGCGGGAAGGUUCCGCGGCGGCGACGGCACGGUGCGCGAGAUCGAGUUCCGCGUGCCGGUGCAGUGCUCCAUCCUGAGCGAGCGCCGGUCCAGGCAGCCGUACGGCAUGGAUGGCGGCGAGGGCGGCAAGACGGGGCUGAACUCGGUGCUGCUGACGGACAAGAUGUCUGGGGGGAAGAGGUUGGUGAAUCUCGGUGCCAAAGCUACGACGAGGUUGGAGCCUGGCGAGAGGGUGAUUAUUGAGUCUCCUGGAGGAGGCGGCUGGGGAAGUGCAUCUUAG